AUGGCCGAUCCAAAGCAAUUUGAAAUGCGCAAAUUAUUUAACGAAGUUGACAUUGAUCACAGUGGUCUUAUUACAUUUUUCGAGUUCAAGAAAUGUAUGAAGAAAAUAAAUGUUGAUCCCGAACAACCUUCCGUAAAAAUGGCAUUCAGUGUGGCUGACACCGACAACUCGGGCAAAAUCAAUUUCCAAGAAUUUUGUACGGUUAUUGAAACAAUGAAAAAAUAUGAUUGCAAAACACUCCGUGGGGUCUUCGAAGUUAUUUUUGAUUUGAUUGAUAAAGAUCAUAGUGGGGACAUCAGUGGUAAAGAAGUUGAACGUUUACUGACUGCGUGUGGAGUCACACCAAACGGAAGCAGUAUUUCCUCAUUUAUGAAAAACGUCGACAAAAAUAGAGAUGGUAAAAUUUCUCGAGCUGAAUUUUUAACUCUUGCUCAGUAA